GGGGUUUCAUCCGCUCCCUCUCUCUCCUCCCAGUCCCCUCCUCGGAAGUAGACGUAUCCCGUCUAUAUUCCGUUCUUUUUUUUUAUAUAUUUAUAUAUCAACCCCUCUACCCUCAAAACUCACAAUGGACGACUAAACCGGAGCACGGGUCCUCGAUUCCACCCGUCUUUCUUCCUGCUUGGAUCGAGAGGACCGGAUGAAACCCAACUGUGGUUUUCUCCGCUUCGCAGGGGAGGUAGCUGUAUCCAGUGGGGAGGUCGGCUCGACCCGGGGAGGCCAGGAUGAAGUUCGCCCAACCCUGGGGACGCCAGAGGCUGUCUUUUCUCCUGGAGAAGGCCGCCUCUAGGGAAGCCCAGACGUGGAGGGGCUACGUGGCCAAGAAGCAAACCUCCCAGUCUUCAAAGUGGGAAAGAUGGAAGCCUGGCCGUCGUCAUGGUAACCUGUCCCUGUGGUUUCAGGACGCAGACGUCUCCCCGGCGCAGCGGGACGAGGCGGUCCGCUGGCUGACGGAGCUCCACGGCCGGCUGCAGCUCUACCCGGAGACCCUGGUGUUAGCCGUUAGCAUCCUGGACCGCUUCCUGGCUCCCAUCAAGGUCCGUCCGAAGUAUCUGCGCUGCAUCGCCGUCGCCUGCUUCUUCCUGGCUGCCAAGACCUGCGAGGAGGACGAGUGUGUUCCCUCUCUGAAGGAGCUGGCUGCCUCCAGUAACUGCGGCUGCUCUCCGUCGGAGAUCCUGAGGAUGGAGAGACUCAUCCUGGACAAACUGGACUGGGACCUGCACACCGCCACCGCUCUGGACUUCCUGCACAUCUUCCACGCGACGGUGACGGCGUCUCACUCCGGCUUCCUGGACUCCGCCGGGCUGAACCGCUCCCAGCACCUCUGCCUCCUCACCCGCCGCCUCUACACCUGCCUGGCCGACCACGCCCUCAUGCAGCUCAGAGGCUCUGUUCUGGCCCUGGCCCUGGUCAGCCUGGACCUGGAGACCUGCUGUCCUGAUUGGCUGGCGCUCACCAUCGACCUGCUGAGGAAGGCUCAGAUGGACAGCUCGGCGCUGAUCCGCAGCAGAGAGCUGGUCUCACGCAGCCUGUCCACUCCCAGAGCUUCCCUGCCUCCCAACACCGUUUACAUCUACCACCCCCUGCAGCUCGCCGCCCCGGCACGCCGCCGCCCGCUGGGCACCAUGGAGACCUCCAGGGACCAACCCGCCCCGCCUCAGGCUGGAGAGGAGAGCAAAGCUCCGCCCCCUUCCCCGAAACGCCUGAGCCACCUGCACAAAGCCCCGCUGCGCUGCAAAGCCUCCGCCAAGCGCAAGGUGGAGCAGAUGGACGUGGACGACUUCUACGACGGCAUCAAGCGCCUCUACAACGAAGACGCCACCUCCGCCGUCCACGAGGGGGCGCCGCCCGCCGGGGGCGGGGCUUACAGCGGCGGCUCCUCCCCCUGCCCUCCUCUGCAGCCGGUCGGCGCCUCGUAGAACAGGAACCGGCUCGGCGGACCGACCCACCGGGUUCUGGUGUCCCAUCAGCCCCUGCAGCUGGAAAACAGAGCAAAAAAAAAACUAAACAUCCAAAAUGUAAAAAAAAAAAAAAAAUCUGCUUCUGAUGUAAUUAUUGUUUAAAAAAAAAAAAAAAAAAAAAAGUAAACAUAAAGCUUCCUUAAAACCUGAACGUGUCGCUAAUGGUGAAAAUUUCCCUAUUUGUGGGUUUUUCUGCAUGUUUUCCUCUUUUGUUGGUUCCUAAAAUGCGACUCCUCCCCCGAGGAAGAGGAGGAGGAGGAAGAGGAGGAGGAGCAGCAGCUCGGUGCCAUUUAUUCAUGUUACAUUUAAAGCUCAACCUGCCAAAACGUGUCUUUCUUUUCCAGUCUGUUUCCUUGAGGUGAAUGCAUGAGACGUGUUUUGUUGCUUUCCCAGCCAACGACUCUCCGCUUGUCGACCAAUCAGGACGAAGCGUCUCCUCCUCUGGAUGGACGUCUUUGUGUCCAGGCUCUCGGAGACGAUSUUCCCUCCCGUUUAAGACGUUUUAACUUCCUGUUUAAAUGAUUUGUCCUCCGUGUAAAAAGCUCUGUUGCUCCUGCUGGAGGCGCUGCUGCUCCAGGACCCCGAACGCUAAAUAAAGACCUUACAACGAGA